CCUUUCCUUUUCAGAUUGGCAGCCAAACAAUAUGUAUUGGCUAAGCGUCCGAGUCCGACGUCGGAGAAGUACACAUUGCGGUGUCUUACUUUUGUUUUUGCCGAUGUAUUGUGAGUACAGUUGUUUAUAGUAAUUGCGUCGUCUAAUUUAUGUUAUUUAUUUUGAUAUGGCUACAUCUGCUAAUGGUCAGAUAGUGGAUGAUUUUGAAAAUUCAUUUCAGGCAUGCUUGGCUGCUUUGACAAAUCCAGAUCAUUUCAAUGUAAGAGAUUCAGAAGAAAUUAAAACUGGCGUGGAACAAACUAUACAAAGAUUUCUUGAUGUUGCCAAACAAAUGGAAUGUUUUUUCCUCCAAAAAAGACUGCUCCUUUCAGUGCAGAAACCAGAGCAUAUAAUACUCGAGAGCACAAAUGAACUUAAAAGUGAGCAGAGGAGGAAACAAGAUUUAAUUGAAAAAUAUAAUGAAAAAAUCCAGACAUGGCAAAAUCUUUUGCAAGAUGUACCUGGUACACCACGACCACCUCCGACUGCUGUGCAGCCCCAACCACCUCAAAAUAUCCCAGCACUGCAAGGACCUCCUCCUCAAAUACCAUCUCAAGUUGUACAGCAAGGUGGCCAAAGUCAUCCUCAUCACAUGAUGCAGUCACACUGUGGACCACCAAUGACAUCAUCACCAGCACCAAUGCAAGGUAAUAUGGUUUUGCAGUCAGCACAGAUGCAUCCUCAGCAGCACAUGGGAACUGCUCAACCAGGUGGACUGCAAGGUCCAUUGGCAUACCUUGAAAGGACUAUGUCAAAUAUUGGUAUGCCUGAUGGAGGAGGAAGAUAACAUCUUAGUUGAAAAUAUUUAUUCCCAAAGAAUGCUAUUGACAUGGAUUACUAAUUCCUUUCAUUUUGACAUUAUUGUAAAUGUAAUUCUUUUCUUAUUAUUCUGUAUAUAAAUUUUCAUGCAAAAUAAAAAAAAAAAAAAUGUCCCUUCCUUUGCAAAAA